AUGGAGAUACAGAAAGAAGCUGAGCUCUGUUUUCCACAACUCCUCAACAGUUCCUGCAGGAAGCCGACACUUCACUGGUCCAAAGCUGUGCUCCUGAACAUUGUGCUGUCCUUCAUCUCUCUGAUCACUGUUGUUCUCAACUUGCUGGUCAUCAUCUCGGUCUCUUAUUUCAGGCAGCUCCACACACCCAGUAACAUCCUCCUCCUCUCUCUGGCUGUCUCAGACGUUCUUGUGGGUCUCCUGUUGAUGCCAGCAGAAAUUUUUAGAAACACAGCUUGCUGGGUACUUGGCAAUUUCAUGUGUUCACUUUAUAUAUAUCUGGGGUACAUUGUUGUCACUUCUUCAAUAGGAAACAUUGUCCUCAUAUCAAUGGACCGCUAUGUAGCUAUUUGUGACCCUCUGCAUUACCCCACCAGAAUCACUGUGGUGAGAGUCAAACUCAGUGCUUAUCUGUGUUGGUUUUAUUCAGUUUUCUACAGCAGUCUUUAUACGAAAGACAUUCUGAUUGAACCAGGCAGGUAUAAUUCCUGCUAUGGAGAGUGUGUGUUUUUCAGCAGUGAUAUUGCUGGAACUGUUGACCUUGUUUUAUCUUUUAUUGUUCCAGUUUCUGUCAUCAUAGUUCUGUAUAUGAGAGUGUUUGUGGUGGCUGUGUCUCAGGCUCGUGCCAUGCGCUCUCAUGUUACAGCUGUCACACUUCAGCUUUCACUGAAUCAAACAAACAGAUCUGAGCUGAAAGCAGCCAGGACUCUUGGGGUUCUUGUAGUUGUGUUUCUAGCAAGUUUCUGUCCAUUUUACUGCUACUUUCUUCUUGUAAAAGAUAUGGUCAAUGAUCCAUCUGCAUCUACUGUGGUCAUUGUGUAUUACUUUAACUCUUGUCUAAACCCUUUGAUCUAUACCCUCUUUUACCCCUGGUUUAGAAAUGCUGUUAAACUUAUCAUCACCCUGCAGAUAUUCAAGCAUGACACAGCUAAGGCAAAUAUAUUAUAG